AUGGAAGACACGUUCGAUGAAAUUGGACAGCUGCAGUUUCCAGAAGAAUUUCAAUUAGAACGGGAACUUAUAGCAAAUAUGGUAUCUCUUCCCCUUCCACCUGACGGAGGGUGGGGAUGGGUGAUUGUGUCCGCAGCAUUCAUUUUCAAUACGAUUGUGGACGGAAUUCUCGGUGGAAUUGGAGUAUUAAUUCCAAAAAUUAAAACCACCUUCGAUGUGUCUCUUUCAACAGUAUCCUUGAUUAUUUCGAUUAUGUACUCCCUCACAUACGCCUCAGGUUCGAUCCAACCCCCUAUACCAGGACCUUUGAUUGGAUUUCUUCUCGACCGUUUCGGAGUGCGGCCGAUCUGCUUACUAUCUGCAGUUCUUGCGUCUGCGGCCUUUAUUUCUUCAUAUUUUGUAUCAAAUAUUGUCGUCCUGUUUUUCACUCUAGGAAUAUUUCCGGGCAUCGGUGGAAUGGUUUCCAGACUUGUCAGUGGCUUCAUAGUCGGGAAAUUAGUAGACGUGUUUUCAUAUAACCGGGCGGCAUUCUACUUGAUAUUUGUUAGUCUACUCCUCAUGCCCAUUCUGAGAGGGUCUUUGCCUGCAAUGGUCCUCGUCUGUUUGGCGUAUGGACUUUGCUAUGGUUUGACUUUCAAAUGGUCAUUGCUAGGUGCAAUUUUCUACAACCCUUCCCUGAUAUUCUGCAAUGUGCUUGGAAUAAGGAAACUCACACCCGCCUUGACAAUUCACAUGUUUAUCAAGGGGAUUGGCUACAUUUUGGGGAUUAUUGGAUUUGGUGGAUGCUUUGUCUUAUUUUAGGCAAAUCUGUCGAGUCUAUCGGAGUGACCACUACUUUUUAUAUUGGAUCGGGGAUUCUCUUCCUCUCGGCUCUCACACUGAGUGGGUGUUUUUUAAAUCAGAAACCCUCCGAGAUUGAGUAGAUAUAUCUAUUAAAUAAA